AUGCCCUGUCACACACCGGGAAGCUUUCCCUCCGGCAUCCAAAAGAAACAGAAGACCAGUCUUGCGUACGUCUGUUCCGCUAACCGCUUUGCUGCUCAAGGUGCCGGCGCUGUCGAACAAGUAAGCUACUUGAACCAAUUGGAAGCCGAAAUUCAGACGUUACGACAAAACCGACAUUCUACCAAGGAGCAUGCUGUUGACGCCGAAGGCUCGCCCAUCCCACCCAGCUGCAGCCCUGUCUUGAACUCACCGGAGCAAGACAUUACCGCUGACCAGACGGCUACUAGGGAAAUUCCUCCAUCUACUGCCGCUGGAACCGACCCAGUUCCCAUUGAACACAUUGACACGUAUGCAACUAAACCACUUCAUGUGAGAUAUACCAGCGAGGGCGAAUCGUUGGCCCGCUACUCCUACGUCGGCGACGCUGCUUGUGAGGCGUUUAAUACACGAGUACGCCGGCAUCUCAGGAACGAUGAUUCGAUCACGCCCCCCAAGCAUGACCGUUACUUCAAAACCAACACCUUGCGCAAGCUGGCGGACAGAGAUCUGGACCUACCUGACCAGGCCUACGCAAUGCUACUUAUCGAAACAGCAGAGCGGUUCGUGGGCAACGAAUAUCACAUGUUUCUUCGGAAGACAUUUUUGCACCAGUUCGACCAAGUAUACAAACCCGGUACAUCCAAAGACCCCGUCUGGCUGUGCGGCUUAUUCGCCAUCCUGGCUCUGGGCGAGCUGUACUCAAAUAUACCAAUUUUCGCGCAUCACAGUCAAGCGGACAUUCCCGGCAUAGGCUUCUUCCUUCGGGCUUUGGACCUAUUUGAGGACUUGUAUGAGGAGCCAACCGUGUCUUAUAUUGAAACUGUUCUUCUUUUGUCGUAUUACUCACACGCCUUGAAUCGGAGCAACAGCGCAUACAUCUUUACAGGGCUUGCAGUGCGUCUGAGCAUGGCCUUAGGCCUUCACCGCGAGCUUCCUGCACAACUCGCCUCACCCUUCGAACACGAGCAUCGGCGCCGCGUGUGGUGGACAGUCUAUGCAUUCGAUCGUCUGUGCUCAUUGAAGCUUGGUCACCCAAUUAUGAUUAAGGAUGAGGACAUCAGUGUGAACUUGCCAUCGCACAACAACCUGAGUUCAGACGAUCUCGAAGAUUUGCCAAACCCCAAGCAAAUCCUCUCGAGCAUCUCCAUGGCACGCAUUGCUGGAUCGAUUCUGCAGGACCUUUACCAACCAAGAAGUCGAUUUGCCAUCCUGCCAAACGUGCAGAAAAUCCUGGCGCAGCUCAAAGAUUUUAUUCAGUCGUUACCUGAUGAGCUCUCGCUCACCAAGAUCGCAUCCACAGCAUGUCCUGGGAGGGUUCUCGCCUCGCUCCAUGUGCACUGCAAUCACGUAGGUAGCCAUCCUUACAUCAACCGUGCCCGGCCCACAGCCACAUAA